AUGUCACAAUUUAUUGAUAUGAUUGAUAAGGCUCAAUUAGAUUUUCGACAAAUGAUAAUUUCAUUAAUCUUUGUAAUAUUAUUACUUGUUAUUGCAUUUAUUGCUUCAACUAUUUUUCUACCAUCAUCACAAAAUAAU